GCCCGCUUGUUGAUGUUCUACGCAAACGCGAACAACCUGCUUGCACGAGCUCUUCUUGUUUUCCAGUGAACGAAUCGAAUCCCAAUCUCCGAUCUUCGCUUCGAAUGAAAGAGGAUUCCGCUUUAGGCCCUAAAGUUCAAACCAACCAAGAGAGCUAAAGAAGUUCUGCCACUCGAUUGAAGCUGAAAAGACUCCAUUCAUCGAAUUAUUUCGUCUGCGAGGUUUGCAUAUCCUUACCAUUCACUCAACCUCAAUGGCUUCGACUGUGGGAUCGACGGCGGAGGGUCUCUCGGCCCUCGACAUCAGCGGCGACUGGGCUGCCUCUGCUCCGAAUCUCUGGAAAAAUCUCUCUCUUCUCUCUCCUGAUCAGGUUCAGCUGGCGAAGAUGUUGUUGCAGAUGGGGCAGAGCCAUCUGUUCGAGCGCUGGCCUGAGCCCGGCGUUGAUGACGAUGAGAAGCGGGCCUUUUUUCAACAGGUGGCCCGACUUAAUGCAAGCUAUCCUGGGGGCUUGGCUUCCUACAUCAGAACUGCUAGAGAACUCUUAGCAGAUUCUAAAUCUGGGAAGAAUCCGUUUGAUGGAUUUACACCUUCUGUCCCAUCAGGAGAGUCUCUGACUUUUGGUGAUGACAACUUUAUUCAUUUUGAGGAGAUUGGUGUCAAGGAAAUGCAAAAUGCUGCAUUUGUUCUUGUUGCUGGGGGACUUGGCGAACGUCUUGGAUAUAAUGGAAUUAAGGUGGCUCUUCCUCGAGAGUCUUCCACUGGCACAUGUUUCCUACAGCAUUACAUUGAAUCGAUUUUAGCAUUGCAAGAAGCUAGCUGUAGACUUGUGGAAGGGGCAUGUCAAAGACAGAUUCCUUUUGUUAUAAUGACAUCUGAUGACACUCAUGCACGUACUCUUAAGCUUUUGGAAUCAAAUGCUUACUUUGGAAUGAGUCCUUCACAAGUUACACUUCUAAAGCAGGAAAAAGUUGCUUGUGUAGAUGAUAAUGAUGCGAGACUUGCUGUGGACCCACAUAAUAAAUACAGAAUUCAGACAAAACCUCAUGGUCAUGGUGAUGUUCAUUCACUGCUUUAUUCCAGUGGCCUUUUGAAGACAUGGAGGGAUGCUGGCUUGAGAUGGGUUCUGUUUUUCCAAGAUACAAAUGGACUUCUCUUCAAGGCAAUUCCAGCAUCACUUGGUGUGAGUGCUUCCAAACAAUACCAUGUUAAUUCUCUUGCUGUGCCUCGCAAAGCUAAGGAAGCUAUUGGAGGAAUUGCCAAGCUUACUCACAGUGAUGGUAGGACAAUGGUGAUUAAUGUGGAAUACAAUCAGCUAGAUCCUUUGCUCAGAUCAACUGGACACCCUGAUGGUGAUGUCAACUGUGAGACAGGCUAUUCUCCUUUUCCUGGAAACAUAAACCAAUUGAUUCUUGAACUUGGGCCCUACAUUGAGGAGCUUCAGAAAACUGGCGGUGCUAUAAAGGAGUUUGUGAACCCCAAAUACAAAGAUGCUACCAAAACAUCAUUUAAGUCCUCUACUCGACUGGAGUGUAUGAUGCAAGACUAUCCUCAAACAUUGCCCCCAACAGCUAGGGUUGGAUUUACGGUAAUGGAUAUUUGGCUUGCUUAUGCACCUGUGAAAAACAACCCUGAGGAUGCUGCCAAGGUACCAAAGGGAAAUCCAUAUCACAGUGCUACUUCAGGCGAAAUGGCCAUAUAUCGGGCAAAUAGCCUCAUGCUCAAAAAGGCUGGAGUUAAGGUAUCCGAUCCAGUCCUUCAGGUGUUCAACGGACAAGAGGUGGAAGUGUGGCCCCGUGUCACCUGGAAGCCACAAUGGGCACUUACUUACGCAGAUGUUAAAAGCAAAGCGAGCGAGAGCUGUUACAUUUCCCAGAGAUCCACCUUGAUCAUUAAUGGCCGUAACAUCUUUCUUGAGGAUCUCUCCCUUGAUGGGGCUUUUGUUAUAAACUCGGCUGAUGACGCAGAGGUGAAAAUCGGAGGUUCAGUGCAAAAUAAAGGCUGGCUCCUCGAGAACGUUGAUUACAAAGACACUUCAGUGCCCGAGGAAGUGAGGAUCAGGGGUUUCAGAAUAAACAAGGUUGAGCAAUUGGAAAAAACAUACAACGAGGCUGGGAAGUUCUCCUGGAAGCCUUGAAGGCGAAUAUACCCAAGAGAUAAUGCAUUGCCCAGUCUUCUUUCUCGACUCGAAAAGUAUUGGUUGAUGCUAAUAAAUAUUUUCCUCUAAUAACUCAAAUAAAAUUUACCACCCUCUUCGUAAUUGUAAUUUUUCAUUAGGCGUGGGUUAUGUGCGAUACGAGGUGAGGUUUUUGUAAGUUAUAGGUUGGAAGAGAGAUUGGUUUUGUGCUUUGUGACAAUUGGUCGAUUCUUGAUUGGGAUCCCCAUUUGACUAAGUCUUAUCUCAUGAGCUUGUGGUGCAUUCGAUUUCGGUUCUGGAAACUGUUUUGUUAUCAUCACUGGUGGGAAGAGCUGUUGGAAAACGCCCUUUUCCAGUUUUAAGUUCUAAACAAUUUCUCUGCAUUUUGGGCACCUUUUUGAUACACGAAGAGAAAUUGCAUGAAACCUAUGCGAGUUGACUUGGCUUGGUAAUAAAAGGGCAUAACGUUUUCCUUUGCA